AUGGCCCACCAAGCACACGCAUACCAUAUAGUAGACCCCAGCCCAUGACCCCUUACAGGUGCUAUUGCUGCCCUGUUAAUAACAUCCGGCUUAGCCAUCUGAUUUCACUUCAACUCCAUUAUUUUAAUAACGCUAGGUCUUGCCUUAUUAGUUCUAACCAUAAUUCAAUGAUGACGGGACAUCAUCCGCGAAGGCACAUUCCAAGGACAUCAUACACCGCCAGUCCAAAAAGGCCUCCGCUAUGGUAUAAUCCUUUUUAUUACAUCAGAAGUGUUCUUCUUUCUUGGCUUUUUCUGAGCAUUCUACCACUCCAGCCUAGCCCCUACACCCGAAUUAGGGGCCUGCUGACCCCCUGCGGGAGUCCGUACUCUUAACCCCUUCGAAGUACCCCUUCUUAACACAGCCGUAUUACUAGCCUCCGGAGUGACAGUCACCUGAGCACAUCAUAGCAUUAUAGAAGGCAAACGAAAACAAGCCAUCCACUCACUAACCCUAACUAUCCUCUUAGGUUUCUACUUUACAUUUCUUCAAGCCAUAGAGUAUUACGAAGCCCCUUUCACAAUCGCCGACGGCGUAUAUGGCUCUACCUUUUUCGUAGCUACAGGAUUUCAUGGACUCCACGUCAUUAUUGGCUCAACAUUCCUAACAGUCUGCCUAAUACGACAAAUCCAGUAUCAUUUUACAUCAGAACACCAUUUCGGCUUCGAAGCCGCCGCUUGAUAUUGACAUUUUGUUGACGUAGUUUGAUUAUUCCUUUACAUCUCACUUUACUGAUGAGGAUCUU